UUUUUAAAGGUCCGUAAACCGGAAGCACACCGCUCCCACUUCCUGUUACCGUCAAUACACGUGUGAAGAGAAAGCGGCAGAAGACCUUUACAGAACCCGUUUAGAACCGGUCCACAGUCCGUCUAGCGUCCGGUGUUCCGGUACCGGAGCGCAGUCCGCCAUGUUGGAGCAGCUGGGUCUGAUCGGGACGAUCCGGGACGAGGAGGAGAGCCCCGAGGAACCCGACACCGAGUCCGACCAGGAGGACGAGCCCAUCGUCCUGAACAGGAAGAAGAAGUUUGGGAGUCGGGGGGCGAGAGACUUUAACACCGACUUUGAGUUUGGAGAGAGAGACGGGCUGAACCAUGACGACGACUGGGUGAUGGCCGACAUCAUGAAACAGCUCAAGAACAAGAGAACUGCGACUACUCUGGACCAGAAAAUAGAGAAAGUCAGGAAGAAGAGGAAAGCUGAGGAGAAAUCAGCUGAGAGCGACGCUGCUGAAGGUUUUGCAGGGACGAACCAGGAGGAUGAACAUGAUGAAGAGGAGGAUGUGAAGCCUCAUGCAGGAGAGGCUGAUGGAGGUGAUGAUGAUGAGGUGGAGGAGGAGGAUGAAGAAGAUGAAGAUGAGUUUGACUCGGGUGAUGAGGAGAUUCUGACCAAAUCAGACACCCUGAGAGACAAAGAACGACGGCGGAGGAAGAGGAAGGCGGGAGAGGAGGCUCCAGAGUCGUUCUAUGAAGAUGCCUCUCAGUACAAUGAUCAGCUGACCUUUGAUGACAUGAACCUGUCCCGACCCAUCCUGAAGGCCAUCACGGCUCUGGGCUUCAAGCAGCCGACUCCCAUCCAGAAGGCCUGUGUUCCUGUCGGCCUGCUGGGCAAAGACCUGUGCGCCUGCGCUGCUACUGGGACAGGGAAGACGGCAGCCUUCAUGUUGCCUGUGUUGGAGCGUUUGGUUUAUAAGCCCAGGGCGUCCCAGGUGACCCGGGUCUUGGUUCUGGUUCCUACCAGGGAGUUGGGGAUCCAGGUUCACUCCGUGGCCCGUCAGCUCGCCCAGUUCACCUCCAUCACCACCUGCCUGGCUGUUGGUGGGUUGGACCUGAAGUCUCAGGAGGUGGCGUUGAGGGCGGGGCCAGACGUUCUGAUAGCUACACCUGGCCGACUGAUCGAUCACCUUCACAACACGCCGAGCUUUGAGCUGACUCACAUCGAGAUCCUGAUCCUGGACGAGGCUGACAGGAUGUUGGACGAGUACUUUGAGGAACAGAUGAAGGAGAUCAUCAGGUUGUGUUCUUACAACAGACAGACCAUGUUGUUCUCCGCCACCAUGACAGAGGAGGUAAAGGACCUGGCGGCAGUCUCGUUGAAGCAACCAAUCAGAAUCUUCGUUAACAGCAACACUGACGUGGCUCCGUUUCUGCGACAAGAGUUCGUCCGAAUCCGACCAAACAGAGAGGGAGACAGAGAGGCCGUGGUGGCCGCUCUGCUGACUCGGACGUUCCAGGAUCACGUGAUGUGUUUCACUCAGACGAGGAAACAGGCUCACAGACUGCACAUCCUGCUGGGACUGAUGGGACUGAACGUUGGAGAACUGCACGGAGAACUGAGCCAGAACCAGAGACUGGAGAACCUCAGGCGUUUUAAAGAUGAACAGAUUGAUAUCUUGGUGGCAACAGAUGUAGCAGCCAGAGGUCUGGACAUCGACGGAGUCAAAACAGUGAUAAACUUCACCAUGCCGUCCACAGUGAAGCACUACGUUCACCGUGUCGGCCGGACGGCGAGAGCCGGUCGCUCGGGACGCUCGGUGUCUCUGGUUGGAGAGUCUGAGAGGAAGAUGCUGAAGGAGGUGGUGAAGUCGGCCAAGAGCAGCGUGAAGGCUCGAGUCCUGCCGCCAGAGGUCAUCCUGAAGUUCAGAGAUCUGAUCUCUAAACUGGAGAAAGACAUCGAAGCUGUGAUGAAGCUGGAGAGAGAGGAGAGAGAGCUGGCUGCGUCUGAGGCCAAGUUGAGUGUGGCUCAGAAGCGUCUCGAUGGCCCCGCCUCCUCCUGUCAAUCACAGAGAGUCUGGUUUCAGACUCAACAGGAGAGGAAACAGAGCCGCAUGUCGAAGGCUCUGCAGGAGUUCGAUCUUGCUCUGAGAGGGAAGAAGAGGAGAGAAAAGUUCCUGAAAGACGGCGGGAAGAAGGAGCUGACGUCUGAGGAGCGCGCUCAGUUCGAGAUCCUGAAGGCUCAGAUGUUCGCUGAGCGGGCGGCCAAGAGAGAGAGACGACCAAAGAGAGCGAGAGCGAUGGUGGAGGACGAGAAGCCGAGUACAGCAGCCAAUCCGAAAGCAGGAAAAGGAGGCAAGAAGUCUGUGUUUGACAAAGAGCUGACCAACACUAGCAGCAAGGCUCUGAAACACUACAGAGCUGGACCGUCCUUCACAGACAGGAAGCGUCUUGGUUUAGACAGGAAGCGUCCUGGCAGCUCCAGGUUCAAGAAGAAAAAGUGAGCCAAGAUGGCCGCCUGGAGCUGCAGUUCUCUCCUCCAAGAAAUUUCCACGUUGUCUUUGUGUAAAUCUUUUUCAGAAGUUUUUAAAUAAAGUUGCAGUCUAAAAA